AUGCCAGGCUGGCAGAAAGGUUGUGGAGAAAAGAUGAACGCCAUCCAGGUGAUUUCCCUCACUCUGCUGUCCGCUCUGGCGGUCAAUGCUCAGGUCAUCAGUCCGGGAAGAUGCCCCAAACCUGCCGUUCAGGCAAACUUUGAUGCCGCCAGGUACCUUGGUAAGUGGUACGACAUCCAGAGACUGCCUCACACCUUCCAGAAGGGCGAGUGCUGCACUGCCACCUACAGCCUGAAGAGCCCCGGAGUCGUUGGUGUCCUCAACAAGGAGCUGCUUGCUGAUGGGACCAUUAGCAGCAUCAGUGGCUCUGCAUGGUCUAAAGACCCAGCUGAGCCUGCCAAGCUGCAGGUCUCCUUCUUUGAGAACUCUCCCCCUGCUCCUUACUGGGUGCUGUCCACCGACUACGACAACUACUCUCUGGUCUACAGCUGCACCGACCUCGGUGUGCUGCACGUGGAGUUUGCCUGGAUCAUGAGCAGGCAGCCCACCCUGCCCGAGGAGACCCUGGAGGAGCUGCACAGCACCCUGUCCUCCAUCGGAGUCAGAGUGGACAAGCUGCUCACCACUAACCAGGACGUAGAGUACUGCAGCGCCAUGAACCAGUAA